AUGCAUAGCUGCGUGCUUGAAGAGUUGCGGGUUAGGCUUCCGUUUACGGAGUUUGAGUGUCAAGUUCUUAAGCAGCUCAACUGUGCUCCCUCUCAGCUUCAUCCAAAUGGGUGGGCUUUCCUUCGAUCUUUUGAGGUUUUGAUGGAGUUUCUGGAGGAGGUGCCGUCUGUGGAUUUGUUCUUUUCUUUAUUUCAAGCUAAAGGCGUUUGGAAGGGAGGUUGGAUAAACUUCAAUAGCACUCCGGGAUUUGGGAUUUUUAAACUGUACAAGUCUUCUUUUAAAGACUUCAAGGAGAUGUAUUUUAAAGUUAGGAGUUCAGAAGAGGAGUUUCCGUUUUUUAUUGAUGAAAACCUUGCUGAGAAAUUUCCCCUCUUUUGGUGUUCGGAACCGCAAAAUAUACUCGGUCCAGAGGUUAUAUCGCCGAGGAAUGAGUGUGGGAAGUAUCCUGGCGUUUCUGCUGCAUCGCUGAGGACGCGGUUUAAGAAUAAAAAUUUGGAGAAAGAGGUGUCGUCAUCUAAUGCUGAGAAGGUUGUUGUUACUGGCGAGGUUUCGCAGCCUCGUCAAGGGCGGAGGAAAGUUAUCGCAAAAAAGAGGAAGAAGUCCGAGCUUGUGGAUUUAUCAGAUGAUUCUGAUGAAAGAGAGUUUGGGGUUUCUCUUGAAGAGUUACAGGCUUUUAUGGGGAAUCAAAAAAGGCUGCACGAGAUUUCUGAGGAAAGUGAGGCGUUUUCGGUGUGGGGAAAGGAUUAUCCUUACAUGGCUGUUGUGGAUGAGUAUUGCCAAUCUUCGGCUGAUGUCACUCUGGCCAAGGAGGUCGGUGAUAUGGCUGUUGGGCAAUAUAUGCAGGUUGUUGGGCUGCGCCUUGCGAGUCUGGGUCGAAGUCAGGAAUUAAAACAUAAGGGAGUGGCUGUUGAGAAAGGUGAGGUGUCUGUUUUGAAGGAGGAGUUGGUUAAGUGUAAGAAUCUUGCUGCUGAGCUUCAAGCUCGUUUGACUGAGACCGAGAAGUUGCUGAAGGAGACUAAGGAAAGUUAUGCUAAGGAUGUCGAGGAUUUGAAGAAGAAGGAAAGCGAUCUGGUGAACAUGCAAAGUCGUUUGAUUGAGGUGACAACUCAGUUGAAGGAUAUGGAGAAGAAAAAGGCGGAUGAGAUUUUGGACUCGUUUGUUGAAGGUUUUGAAAGGGCAAGGUUGCAGGUGAAGUUUUUGGUUCCGGAUGCCGAUCUAGCUGGCAUGGAUCCUGGGAAGAUAGUUCGAGAUGGUCAGUUGAUUGAGGAUGAUGGGGAUGCGGAAGAUGAGGCCGAUAAUGUUUAG